AUGGCUGCCCGGCAGAAAUCUGUGAGCUCUUCCCUCACGGGGACUCUGGUUGCCAGCUGCCUGCUUCUCACGGCCCUGUGGGCUCAGGGAGGAACGGCUGUGCCCAUCACAUCACACUGCAGGCUCGACAAGUCCAACUUCCAUCAGCCCUACAUCAACAACCGCACCUUCACAUUGGCUCAUGAGGCUAGUUUGGCAGAUAACAACACAGAAGUUCGUCUCAUUGGGAAGAAACUGUUCCAGGGAGUCAAUAUGACGGAGCGCUGCUAUCUGCUGAAGCAGGUGCUGAACUUUACCCUUGAAGAGGUGCUGUACCCCCAAUCCAAUAGAUUCCAGCCCUACAUGCAGGAGGUGGUGUCCUUCCUGGCCAGACUCAGCAAAAAGCUAAGCCAAUGCCGUACUGAGCCUGACAACCAGAAUAUCCAGAGAAAUGUGCAGAAGCUGAAGGACACAGUGAAAAAGCUUGGAGAGAGCGGAAAGAUCAAAGUAAUUGGAGAACUGGAUUUACUGUUCAUGGCCCUGAAAAAGGAAUGCACUCCUCCCGGGCAAAGCUGA